CUAUUGGUUCCCAAAAAAAGUAGCCGUACAGGGUCGUCACAGAGAGAGAGAGAGAGAGAGAGAGAGAGAAGCAGCACCACCAUCACAUCACUGAUAGACUACAUCUCCCAUAAUCCGGAACGCGGAUUUCUUCAGCCUUGUCUUCCGUUCCACGUGACAAAUACAACCUUAACUCAUUUGUCGCUGUCAUUCUCUCUCGCACACCCGUGGUUCUUGAGUGUUUAGGUUGACUUUCAGUCAAUCCAGUUUCAGUAGGUUUCAGUUUCACGUCAGUCAAAGCAAGUUUAAUAGUAGAGUGAAGUAGGCUACAGAUGACCACUCCUCCAAGAAAAGGCAUCGGAGAAGAAGACUUGUAUGCCAGUUACUGUUACUCCAUAAGUGCUCUCUGCAUUGACUCUGCAUCCGCUGUUACGAGGCCAAGUUGCAGGUCAAGAUCGUGAAGUCACCAUUGCCUUACUUCGUCUCUUCUCUGCAUUGUAGUGAAAAUUGCCUUCACCACUGAGGGGGGAGGUUACAGGAUCUUCCAGGGUGGGCAAGGAAGAUGUCAAAGAGGAAGCACAAAAAGUCGAGGCACAGAACACCUUCACCAAAGAGGGAGAAUGAGAAGAGUGCAAAUAGACAGCAGAGAGUGGCAUCUGAGAAAAUUGAAGCAGGCACUCGUGACCAUCAUGGCCCACUGAGUUCUGCGGACCGGAAAAGAAAAACGGAGAACCGGGACAAGAUCUUGCCCUCGCCCAAAAAGUCCAGUCCAGAGAGAGGCCGUGAGCUCAAAACGCCGGUCUACCGCCUAGCCAUCUCAGCUGAGAAAAAAGACAGCAGAAAGAGAGAAGAGGAAAUCGUACCAAAGACAGAACACCACAGAAGACAUGGAGAGAGACGCCGAGAAAAGAAACAUCCGGAAACAUCCCACGCUGCAACAGCGGCAACUUCCACCAAAGGCCGUAAAAGAACCCCCUCGAGCUCUGAGACGAGCCAGUCUCGAUCCUGCAGCACGUCGUCUCCACCGAAGAGCAAAGCCAGCCGGCACCACACUCAGGAAGGACGUGCCACUGUGUCAGGGGCCAGAGCAAGUCACAGCACUGCCGCUAGCCCUGCGAAAAGUGCCUCUGGUGAUCUGCAGGAGCAGAGGAGGAAGUUGGUGAAAAGGAGGUCAGAGGAGGAGGAGCCAGAGCCUCCAGCUAAGACCUCUAGGAGCACCCCGACCCCGCGGCGGCAGUCCGAGGAGUUGAGGGAGGAGAGGAAGAAGCUGGUGGAGAGAAGGAGGUCCACGGAGGAGGUCAAGGCAAAGACCUCAUCAGCGAAGCAGGAGAGAGGGGUCACGCAAGGGAAGACUCGGAAUAGUAGCACAGUAGCGUCUUCUUCUUCUUCCUCUUCCACUUCCUCUUCCUCCUCAGCCAAACUCAGUGGUUCAGCUAGACCGGACUCAGGUUCCACGUUACCGCGGGCUCCAAGGACCUCCGCCUCAGGGACAGAGAAUCAUGCCUCUCCCAAACCACAGCCCCCCAUCAGCUUCAGGAUCCCCAAAAAGCCCAGUGCUCCACCACCACGAGAAAACAUCUGGGAGCAGGAUGAUGAGAGCACGGAGCAGUCUGACAUUGCGCCCACUAAACCCCUCUCUACAGCAAAGGCAGCCCAUGUUACUGCUUCUUUCAUACCCCGCUCGAUAACUAAAGCAGGGAGGCCUACUACCUCCAGAGCCUUGUCUUUAACUAAAGCAUCGCCGGCUACUGCUUCUUUCAAACCCCUCUCCACAGCUAAAACAGGUCAGACUACAGCUUCUUCCAAACCCCUCUCUUCAGCUACACCAGUACAGGCUACUGUGUCUUUCAAACCCCUUUCUAUUACUAAAGCAGUCAAAGCUACUACUCCUUCCAAACCCCUCAAUACGACAGGAGCAGGUCAGGCUACUACUUCACCUGAACCACCUUCCACACCAAGAGCAGGCCCAGCUGCUGGUUCACUCACACUCGUCUCCACAACAAAAGCUGGCCAGAAUGUUGCUUCUUUUAAGCCCUUCUCUAUAACAGGAUCGGGGCAGGAUGCUGCUUCACCUGAGCCACUCUCCACACCAAGAGCGGCCCAGGCUGUGAAUCUGACACCCCCCACAUAUACACCCCAGCAGCAUGAGAAGGAGAAUAACGUUCCGCACGGAUUCUAUUCUGGGGCUGCAUCAUUCAGUACACCUGGACAUUCCCCUCUGCAAGACCAGGCUGGUCUGGAAAACCACCCCUCAUUCUGGAGUCACAGUCCACAGACAGUGCCAGCACCUUCAUUUAUUUUGCAAGAGGACAAUCAUGACAAUGAUCAAGAGAUGCAGCUGCUGGAGGAGCUCCAGCAGGCCCGUUGUGAGCAUCUAUUGGAGGUGAACGUGGUAGAGAGUUACGGGGAGCUGACUGCCAUGGAUAUUGAUCCACCAGAAGAGGGCACCGCACCCACAUCAAUGCUCAGCAAAGAACUCAUACAGCAAGACCUCUUAAUCGUCUUGGACACCAACAUCCUGCUGAGUCACCUGGACUUAGUGAAAAAGAUCCGCUCACAGGGUCUCAGGAGCUUGGGCUUCCCCACCGUGCUCAUCCCCUGGGUGGUGCUGCAGGAGCUGGACGCCAUGAAGAACGGCAAGCUGACCAACGCGGUGGAGCGCCGGGCCACGCCGGCCGUCAACUACAUCUACAACUGCCUGAAGAACCAGGAGCCACGUCUCUGGGGACAGUCCAUGCAGCUGGCCUCGCAGGCCCUCUGUGGGCUGAAAACUGAGAAUAAUGAUGAUCGUGUUUUGCAGUGCUGUCUGCAGUACCAGAAACUCUACCCAAAAAGUGGUCUCAUCCUCUGCACGAAUGAUAAGAACCUGUGCAGUAAGGCAGUAUUAAGUGGGGUCAGGGCUCUGAGUAAGGCAGACCUUCUGCAGGAGGUGGACAGGCUCAAGGCAGGGGUCCUCAGCACCACGCCCAUAGCUGACCUGUGCAUUGCCUGUCCCAGCUGGCAGCCUGCCGAGAAAGAUGAAAGUAGGAGCAGGGAGGAGGCCAAGCCCAAAAGCGAGAGGACUCAGCGGGCUGAGGAGGAGAGGAGGAGAUCGCUGGCGGCCGCUCGUGAGCUGAGUGAGGCAGUGUGUGUUCUGGAGGACACGCUGAAGGAUGUGCUCUCUGCCAUUCUCCAGCAAGAGAUGAAGGAGGUCUUUGGACACCUCUGGACAGAGAUUGUGUACCUGAAACCUCCCUGGAGUCUGAGCCAUGUGCUGCAGUGUGUGAAGAAGCACUGGAUCGCCGUGUUUGGAAACAUCGUCCAGCGUGGGCUUCAGAGCUACAUCAGCCAGCUCAACGACUGCCUGUGCACAAACAAGACGGUGGACCGUGAGCGUAUGCUGCAGGCUCUUUCUGUGGCAGUGGAGCUCCUCUCAGGUUUCAGCAGCAGGUCUGACUACAGUGGCCUCCUCCCCCAGAGCCUGAGCACCCUCCAGGGCCUCCUGCGGCGCCUCCAGCCCCAGCCCUCGAGGUCUCCACAGGCAGAUGAUGACUCUGUUAUGCUGGAAGUGGAGGAGGCAUCGCAGGAGCCUCGUGUGAGCCACCAGGGCGUGUGGCAGGUCUUUGAGAACAUCUGGACCAACCUGUUGGGGCACAGCUCCGAUGUGUUCACGGCCCUCCAGUUUGCUCCGAGCUCCAUGGAAACGGCUCCGUCUAGAAAAUCUCAUCUGUCUUCCCAGGAUGCACUCUGUGAACUCCAGAAGCUCGGCGUUGCUGUUGCACAACUGCUGCAGUAUUUUGAGAGCACCCAAAAACUGUCCCAGUCCCAUCUAAGCCCUCUCGCUGAGACACCAGGUGCAUUCUCUGGAAUGGAGUGGUGGUGUUCCCGGAGCUGUGAAGGCAGUUGGACGAGGUGUGACACGCAAGCCUUUGAUGUUGACACACACCCUCUCCGCGCCGUCGUGCCUGGCUAAACACAGGCUGUUGUUGUUUAGCAUGCAGGGACAGGCAG